AUGGCCCCGCUGUGCCCACUGCUGCUGGCGCUGGCCCUGGUGGCCAUCCCCGGUGUCCGAGGCGCCUGCCCGGCAGCUGCUGACCUGAAGAACCCUGAUGGGACACGGACGUGCGCCAAGGUCUAUGACAAGAGCGACCCAUAUUAUGAGAACUGCUGCCAAGGCGCGGAGCUGUCCAUAGAGCCGGGCACCGACCUGCCCUUCCUGCCCUCUGACUGGAGGAACGUCAUCUCCUCACUCGUGGCGGCCCCGCGCUGUGAGCUCACGGUGUGGUCCCGAAGAGGCAAGGGUGGCAAGUCUCACAAGUUCACCGCUGGUGUCUACCCGCGCCUUGAAGAGUACCGCAGGGGCAUCUUUGGCCACUGGUCCAACGCCAUCGCCUCCAUCUACUGCAGGUGCUACUGAUGCCUCAGAGGCCCCUCAUCUCCAGCCCUUACAGAAUGAGGAGCCCUCCACCCAGCCUUGUCCCUGGGGCCUGCUGAGGGCCCCAAGUCCCAAACAAGAGAGCUUUCUGCCCGCCCCCUUCCCACCCUGCCUUCCCUGCAAUACAGUCCUUAUGAAGUUG